AAUUCUUAAAUGAGAGAGAUACCAGACUCCACACUCCAGACUCCAGAGUCUCUUCUUCUAGUCGUCUCUAUUUCUUCUUUCCUUUACUCUCUACAAUGUCCAUGGAAGAAGAAUUCAAAGAUUUUCAAGGAACAGAAGAAAAUGAAAUCCUGGAGAGUGAGUGGACGGGGUUGGAUGGAGUUUCUCAGAAAAGAUCCGUUGAUUGGAUGCCCCACCCGGUUCUUUUUUUUCUUUCUUGUAUUGUUCUUUUUCUCAUGUUUUCUUAUGGAGUUAACCCAUUCUUUUUCCCUUUCUUGUCUUCUUUUUGGUUUUUCUAGUCUUGUUUCUUGAAAUCUUCGAGAUGGUUGGGUCGAGUUUCAAAAGAAUGAUCCGUUGCAUGCGCAACCCUUGCGGUUUUAAGCACUUCUUUUCUUUAAGUUGUGCGUGAAGAUUCCACCCUCACUUCUUGGAGCUUAGAGAGUGCUCAUUUUGGUUGGAUCUUCAAGCAUUCUGGAGGGUCAUUGGGCCUGAAAUGCCGUCUGCUGAGUUACUUGCCGCAGCAGCCAAACUAACAGAAGCAGAAGCUGAAUUACGAGAAGCUGAGCUGGACGGAGACACUGAAUUAUUUAUAGGACCCCCUCCUCCUGCUGUGGUCACGGAAGCUGAAUCUGCCAAUGAAGCAGAACGUUUCGAGGAGAGCUGAGGAAGAUAGUCCAUAUGAUAUUCUCGGAGUCAACAAAAAUAUGUCUCCUGAAAACAUGAAAAAGAGGUGUUGGAAGUUGUCGCUGAUGGUUCACCCAGACAAAUGCUCUCACCCUCAAGCUCACCAAGCAUUUGUUAAGUUGAACAAAGCAUUUAAGGAUUUACAAGAUCCUGAUAAGGCUGCCAUUAAAUUGAAGUUGAAGAUGCCUCAACACAAGAGAAGAAUUUUUCAUCAUGUGAGACAUUUGCAGCGAUCUAAUGUAAAGAUACUUGGUUGUAAAGUAGAAUACUUUGUGCAAGGGAGCUUUGUAUAAUUUGUUGUAAAUUAUCCAAAGAAAUGAAAAUUUUCUUCCAA